AUGGUAGAGCAUACCGGGGUAUUAUCCCGGCCAUGCAUGCGAUAUCUUGGACUGUGGGUGGACGAUCAGUGGAGGUUUUGUGAGCAUUUCCGCAGGACGGCGGAAAAGGCCACUCGUAUGGCUAACGCCUUGGCGGGUUUAAUGCCAAAUCUGCGGGGACCGAGCACGCGGGUGCGGUUAUACAUCAUGGUCGUCCACUCGGUGUUGCUCUAUGGCGCACCGGUGUGGCAUCGAGAAGUGCAAGUAAUGUCCAUUGAAUUGAUGGCCGAGAAGCAGGCACAGAUCUUCGAGUUCUCGCGCCGGGGUCUUAGAGAAGGACGUCCGAAUCUUGCAGUUGAACUGCUGGAUUUUAAAGAGCACGUACAACGCGAUGCGGUAGAGGCAUGGAGGGAGUGUCUGCGGGGCACUUCUCUUCCUGGCCAACGGGUGCAUAUGGUUUUUAAGACGGUUCUAGCUCAAUAG